AUGCGAAACUCCAACCAAAGAACAGAAUUUCCGGCCGCACUCCGUAAGCUCUUCCUGGACAGUCUCUCGUGUUGGGUGGUGAAGGAGUGGAAAAGCCUCGAGUGUGCUAAUGGACUUCGAUCCGCGGAAACUCAAGAUCGCUGUCUGUACUGGAACCUUUCCAAGAACCUUCCCGUCAAAUUCGACAUAGUUUCCUUUGAUAUGGAAGUAUUCCAAUCCAUUUGCGGUAGUCUCCGCUUCGCCAGACUCGUAUCUGAUGCACAAACUAUCCAGGAGCACAAGCAGGAACAUUCUCUCUCGUUCUACAGGCACCGUCAGAUAUCGUAUAUAACUGGAACGGCGAGAAACCAGCGAUUCCCGUAGCAUUUGGCUACACCAGACCACGCAAAGGCCAAGGCGAAAUACUUGUAUCUAAAGUGAAGCUUGCUCUUCUACCUCACUCAGGAGAGUACGAUUAUGCUCAAUCUCUCUUGAAAGAUACUUCCGACACCCUCAAAUUGGGAUCUCCGCAACAAAUCACAGAGGACUUCCUCAAAUUUGCAAUCGAGCACGCUACGAAGGAAUGUGGUGGACAGCCUACGAAAGGUUGGGUCGUCUCAGUACCUCAAUCUUACGAGAUUGAUGAGGUACAGAGCUUUCGAGCAAUGAUCCAGAGAGCGGGCGGCCUUGGUGACAUUUAUAUCCAUGGCGAAAGUGACUGCGUUACUUAUGCUCAUCUAACAUCGAUAGAGGAGAACAUUAGGCUGGUAAAGAAGGAGACCUUUAGGAAGAGACAGGACUUGACAGUUGCGGUAGGAAUUAUCGACCUCGGCGCUGGCACCGCGGUAUGUAAUUCCUGUUAUAUAGGAGGUGGACUAACGUUCUAUAACUAGGAUGUGACGACUUCCGAAAUAUGUUUUAAAAUAGACGGCUCCGCUCCCACAAUCAACGAAUUAAGAGCACCACUAGGUAUUUUAUGAUGUUCAAGCGUAUAGGACUCAAGCUGACAAUCUCUAUAGGUUUUACAAUUGGAGGGGAUUUGUUUGAUGACCGAUUUAUUGAAGUCUUGCGUGCUAAGCUUGGGAUCCAGCUAUCUACGGAGGCGGAAAAGGCUAUCUUCGAGCCGUUUACUGACUACUUUCACAAGCGCUCAAAGCCGCAGUGGUCCCUACUCAACUACGACGAGGAGGAGUGA